AUGUUCAUACAGGCUGCAGUCGUGGAUGACUUUAACCAUGUUGAUCGUUGUAAGGACUCGCUGUUCAGGGGCACCCCACCUCGAGGCUACCUCAAAAAAUCCCUGAAGAAGAUCUGCCAACGUUAUGAGGGUGCUCCACGCUUUGUUACGCUCUAUGACGCCCAGAAGCACAUUCCUGUCUACUCUGCCUACACGUUUAAGAAAUCAGAUGGGGAGAAAAGUGUGGACUUUCCUUGGAUGUUUGAACCUCAGUUGGCAUCUGACGAUGCCAGUGGUGACAUGCAGCCCUUUACCCAGUACUCCUAUAUGGCCAACAAUUUUGAAGAUUCACAGGCUGUGCUAGAGGACUACACAGAUAUGAUCCGAUAUGAGCGUGGCCAGCUCAAUCCAGACCAGCACCAGUCAAACCCGUUGGACAAAGUUGCUACUUACACCCUAACCAACGUGGUGCCACAAAUUAAAGAGUUCAGCAACGGACCCUGGGCUGCACACCAGCAACUCAUACGAAAGCGGCUCAACAACUAUUGCCAUGGAAAGGCCUACAUCAUCACAGGGGUCACAACCUCCGGCAGCAUGAUCCGGCAUAAUAACCUGGACCGUGUGGCCAUUCCUGAGUACAUGUGGACUGCCUACUGCUGCACUGAAUACGACCGUAAUGCACCUUAUUCUGAGCGCUACAAAUUCCCAGCGUUUGGUGCCUAUGGACUAAACGAUCGUGUUAACAAUAACCUGUUAGAGGUUCCUGUUAAAAACCUGGAGAAUUUCCUGAGGAACCGAAUGGAAGUAGACAAGAACUUCCAGAUCUUCUAUAAUGACUGCAUGUCUGACCAUUAA